CUCUGCCCUUCUCUCGUCAGUGUGUUCCCGGGCCGCGCGCCGCCUAGGUGUGCCGUCCCGUAGCUCAUGUAGUGAUAUCGGUGCCGUGUCGCUUUCGUGCCUCGUGUGAAAGAGAGAGAAAGAAAAGGUAGAAAAAGCAGUGCGUGUUGAAUCGGUAAGAAAAAAAUAAAAAGAAACGAGCAACAGAAAGUGAAUUGAUAGUGUAGUGUUUAUUACUGUGGAGGGACAUCGAAGCCGUUUGCAAGCCGCCAUGGAAACGCGCAAGGAUGAGCAGGGCAAGUGUUCCGCCUCCUUGCCCUCGCUGCACAAGGCCCCGCCAGAGCCUACUUCGGGAUUCGGCCGCGGGGCGCCCUCCUUCUCCGGCUGCGGCCUCGGGAGCCAAGUGUGGAGCAGCAGCAGUAGCAGCAGCAGCGUGUACACCUCCUCCUCGCAGCACACUCUCAGCGGCUCCUCGACGCUGCUGCCGUCGGAGCCCAUCAGCAUCCUGGGCAAGGGCAAGCACAACUCGGGCGGCGCCGCCGUAUCGUCGGCCAGCCCGAGACACAGCGUCAAGUUCACGGAGCCCGAGGGCGGCCCGGGGAAGGACCGGACCCCCGACAGCCCGCGCUACAAGAGCCAGGAGAGUCCGCGGCUGAAGUACCACGAGAGCUUCAAGUUCAAGUUCCACGAGGGGACGGCGACGGCUCAGAAGAUGGGCAUCGGGACCGUGCCCGAGAACACGACCGUGAGUGUGACCGAGACCUCGAGCUUCCGGUACUCGGAGUCGUCCUCGAAGCUGAUCGGCACGUCGUUCCGGUGCCCCGACAGCCCCCGCGGCCGCUCCAAGAGGAUCACGCGCACGCCCGACCGCAACUCCAUCAUCGCCUCAAUGGAGCUCAAGGUGCCCUCCUUCCACGACAUGGGCGGCUCCCCUUCGUCGGUCGGGAGCAUGGGAGCGGGCGGGAACCUCACCCCUUGCCUGGGGCUGCCCGAGAGCCGAGGCCUGACGAUCCUGUCGCCGCACAACCCGACGCCCGAGCUUCACUUCUCGUCCACGUUCACCGUCAGGACGCGCAAGGGAAAGACCAUCGUGCUGCCGAAGCUCCGCAUCCCGGCCUUCCACUCGCACUCGCACGACAGCAUCUUCCUAGGCUUCGACGUCGAGAAUGGCACCUCCCCGGGUCGAAGUCCCCUCGACGGGACUUCGCCCUCGGCGGGGCUCGUCCUCCAGAACUUUCCGCAGCGGAGGGAAAGCUUCCUGUACCGCAGCGACUCCGACUUCGAGAUGUCGCCCAAGAGCAUGUCGAGGAAUUCUUCGAUCGCCUCGGAAGGGUCACGAGUUAUGUUGGCCACCCUGAGCGAGUCUCGUGGGGCCAAUGACGACAGGCCGAUACACGGUGAAGACCUUAUCGUCACACCUUUUGCCCAGAUCCUUGCAUCGCUUCGGUCGGUCAGGAAUAACUACAUCAACCUCACCAAUGUGUCCACCACCAAGUCCCGCAGAUCAAGCGCUGCUGCCGGUUGUUCCACGCCACAACCCAAAUCCUUUACGUACGGAGAUGAGACGUAUACGAAAGUGGCACUGGAGACUCUGGAGGAGCUGGACUGGUGCCUGGACCAGCUGGAAACAAUACAGACGCAUCGCUCCGUGUCUGACAUGGCGUCCUCCAAGUUCAAGAGGAUGCUGAACAAAGAACUCAGUCAUUUCUCAGAAUCAAGCAAAUCUGGAAAUCAAAUUUCGGAAUACAUCUGCACAACUUUCCUCGACCAACAACAGGAGCUCGACAUCCCGAGCCUGAGGGUGGAUGACGGCGAGCGACCUAAGAGGAAGGAGCGCAACCUGUCAAGCGGUCCUUCGUCGGCAGUCGUCCCAGAGGCUUCAGUGGUAGCCGCCUUGCCUUCCACCACGACCACAACCACCUCGGAUAUCGGUAGCGUCGUUGCCACCACUGGUAUCAAGGAUGUGUCGAUGUCACAGAUACAGGGCGUCAAGAAGCCGCUCCUACAUGCCAACUCCUUCUCGGGCGAGAGGCUGCCCAAGUACGGCGUCGACACCCGCCAGGAGGAGGAACUGGGCAAGAUUCUAGAAGAUAUAGACAAAUGGGGCAUUGAUAUCUACAGGAUAGCCGAAUUAUCAAAUAGAAAACCUUUAACUACCAUCACAUAUACUAUUUUCAUGGAACGUGAUUUGCUAAAGACAUUCAAAAUUCCGCCCAAGACUUUCAUAACAUUUAUGAUGACCCUUGAAGACCACUAUUUGAAGGACGUUCCAUACCACAAUUCUUUGCAUGCAGCUGAUGUCACUCAGUCCACCCAUGUUCUUCUCAACUCACCUGCUCUUGAGUCUGUCUUCACAAGCCUAGAGAUCCUGGCUGCAAUCUUUGCAGCCGCCAUCCACGAUGUGGACCACCCAGGCCUCACAAACCAGUACCUGAUCAACUCCUCCUCGGAGCUCGCCCUCAUGUAUAACGAUGAAUCUGUGCUUGAGAACCAUCAUUUGGCUGUGGCCUUCAAAUUGCUGCAGAAUGAGGAUUGUGAUAUCUUUGCCAACCUUGGCAAAAAGCAGAGACAGACUCUCCGCAAGAUGGUGAUAGACAUGGUUCUUGCCACAGACAUGAGCAAGCACAUGAGCCUCCUGGCUGAUCUCAAGACAAUGGUUGAAACCAAGAAGGUUGCAGGUUCAGGUGUUCUCCUUUUGGAUAAUUAUACAGAUAGGAUACAGGUGCUUCAAAAUAUGGUGCACUGUGCAGACCUUAGUAAUCCCACCAAGCCCUUGGAACUCUACCGACAUUGGGUUUCCUCAAUCAUGGAGGAGUUCUUCCAACAAGGCGACCGUGAAAGGGAACAGGGUAUGGAUAUAUCUCCCAUGUGUGAUAGACAUUCAGCCACCAUUGAGAAGUCUCAGGUUGGCUUCAUUGACUACAUUGUGCACCCACUAUGGGAAACCUGGGCUGACUUGGUCCACCCAGAUGCACAGGACAUCCUUGACACGCUGGAGGAGAAUCGUGACUGGUACCAGCGCAUGAUCCCCAUCUCGCCAUCCUCUUCAUCAAAUGACCUCAAGGAAGAAGAGGGCCAGGGGGAUGACUCAGAGGAUGGCCCUGAGGAGGAAUUGUGUGCUGCAGCUGAGAGAAUCCAGAUCCAGUUUACGCUUGAUGAUGAAGGAAGUGGAAAAAGAGCGCCACCGGAAGACGCUCAGGGGGAGGACCCCACAAUGUGACCACUGGUGGCCUCUUACUGUACCAAACUUAAGCGCAAAGUGAUGAGGUGGCUGCACCUCAAGUGACCAACCCCAUGGGAGGCGGGAACCGUGUUAAGUAUCGUCCCCCUCCAUGUUAGUGGCCUCGUCUUCAACUUUUACCUUUGUACCUCAUCUUUUGAGAUUUCUUUCAUAGCCAGUUGGACACUCUGACUAUCUGGCAUGCUCCCAGAGCCAGAGCCCCAAUCUUGUGAAGAGUAUGUUGUGCAAACACUUGGGUGUUUCUUGUGGAUAACGCCCGGUGAGCCGAAUGUACGUUUUGCCAUGUGUCCAUAGCGUGCCCUGCAGGUUCAGGGUUGAUCGCAUGGGUUUGUCUGAGCUCCUCAAGACUGUGCCGUUCGCCCAGCCUCCUCAGCUGACCCAUCCUUGCCUAGUGAGAUCAUUAUUUUCUUGUAGCAGUUGUAGAGUUGUAGGUGGUCACAACAGUGAACAGUGCCAAAUUGUUCCUUUUGAAUAUGGACCCUAAGGAAGUGACAUGUUUAUCACAAAUUAGUGAGCACAAGUUUGGGACGUUUUAUGUUAAGUGAGGACUGUGGCUUGUGUGUGGUACAUAUCAGAUAGAGGGAUGGAGAAUGGGCACAUAAUGUCUCCAUGGUGCUUAUGUCAUGAUUUUGAGAGUGUAAGGCAUUACUAGCUCUUUCAUUAUAACAGAUGCCUGAUAGGGUUCCUUGCUCUUUUUAUCUUUCACAGCAGAUCAGCUAUCAAAGAAGCCAAAGAUAAUUUAUUGCUUCAGGUUUGUGGUGGUGCUCUGUGUGGCCACCAAAGAAGGCAUUGUUGCUGCCAUGUGGUACAAAGCCCAAGUGUUGACAUGGUGGCAAGGGCAGUGGAUCCUUUCAGGCAAAGAGAAUUUUACGUGACAAAGUCAGCUAUUACAGACAGUGAGGGAGGCUCGGAAGAAGCGUCGACGUGAUCACUUCGCUUCUUCUUCCUCAGCCGUUACAGGAUCACUUUGUAGUCACUGACUGUGCCAAUUUUCAUGCAGGGCUCAUGACUAGUGUUUAUUUUGCAGUGUUUACAUUUCAGGUUUUACUCUUUUUAGAUGGCUUAUUUUGACACUGUCAUAGAUGUUGGGCAAACUUGAAAAAAUAAAAAAAUAUGGGUUUAAACAAAAAACAAAAAAAACAUUUUGAAAUAGGUAGAAAUGUAGAAUUUUCUCAUGUGAUAACAGCAGAGUAUUGAGAGCAUAGUAUGCAUCAUGUUGUACUCCAUCAGCUGCUUCAUGUCAGGUUUAUGGCUAACAUCAUUACUCAUGGUUUGAGAGAGCCCCACCCCCCAGCACCAUAAGCAAAUACCCACCAUGCUUUUUUCCUCCCAGGCUACCAGCAUAAAAUUCAUUCACAAUAAAAGGUAAAUAAAUAUAACAGGAUGAGGGGAGGAUGGACUGUCUUCAUUUUGGAUCAGUCCGUCACAAACUCAAACCAUGGCUUCUGAUUAUGCCUCUAGCAUAUGUGUUGCCUAGUCCUGGCUUAAUCAAGUGGUAUAUUGAGCCUCUGUCCUCCAUAGAGAACAGUGCGGAGGAAAAAAUAAAUAAACGAGAGUAGACGGAGGAGGAGGAGGAGGAGAAAGAGGAUAUGGAGGAACGUUUAGUUUUGCAGAUGUUCCUCUUGCCAGACCUGAGGAAAAGACUCUAGGUUUAAAGAAUGCACAGGAAUGUGAAAAUUUUAGGUUUAAGAAUAAUUUUGGAUUUUCAGAGUAGAAAGGAUUCUUUGUUAACUUUACUGUAGUUAAAUUUACUGUCUCUAUACAGAAUAUUCCUUUUCUUCUUGAGAAUAUUUAUUGUUGUAAUAUAUAUUAUGUGUGCAUUAUUUAAUUAAAAGUAUUUAUAUCAAAUGAAGAGAUACAUAUAUGUAAACAUUACCCUGUGUAUAAGAUAGAUGGGUAUAUACUAUCAUCAUUAUUUUCCAUAUAUAUGUAUGUAUACAGUAUAUACUGUUCUACUAACAUUGGUUUAUGCCUCAGGUCUAGGUGAAUAUCAUUCAUAAUUGCAGAACAUCUGUCUGGACUAUGUCGAUACUCUUUGUAUUGUACUUCCUUGUAUGUGAAUAAUCCUCAGAAAUCCUGUAUGAAUAUAUCUUAUUUUUAUUAUGAAAGAAAAAAAAAUCAUGAAUCUAUGUUUCUAUUUCUUCAUCUUGUCUUUCGCUCAAGCUAUGUUACUCAGUCCUUUGUGACAAAGCCCAAGUUAUAUAGAAUGACAUGCACAAACAUGAGGAAAACAAACAGAAAGACACACACACACACACACACACACACACACACACACACACACACACACACACACACACACACACACACACACACACACACACAGGAAAAAUAUAAAAUUUACAGUCUUAUAAAAUGGAUAAGUUACUAGCUGGUAGGAAUGUGUUUGCUAGAUGUGCGAGGGUCAAAUAUUUCCUUUUAAAAUCUAACAAAGAAUUAGUUUAUUCAUUUCAAUAAUCCCCCCCCCCAACCCCCCUAUCAAAACAAAAACCUUUCAAUACACAAUGUGAGUAAUAUAUGUAACGUUCCCCCCCCCCCUCCCGUUCUUAUAACAUCAUUGCAACGGUAUUUCCUGCUGGCUAAGGCUUUACCCAACACAUUGCAAGACUCCCUUACGCAUACUCAAGUGAAAAAAGUGAUAUAGACAUCAUUAUGUACUGACACAGAUGGUAGUAAUUUCUUCAUUUCUGCAUUCAAUAUUUUUCUAUAUAAAACAUAAAAAAUAUAUAUAUAAAUAAAAGGAUAUAAUAUUUCUUCAUCCUGAUGUUUGAUGUUGAGAAAAAAAAAAAAAAUAUUUGACAGUGCCAUAAUUAUGUACUCUUAUUACUGGUUCUAUCUUUUUAUCAUAAUGAUAAAACCUUCUCUAUUCGAAGUUGAAAAAGCCUUUUGUAAUGAAUGAUGUGCCAUCACAGCACCAAAUAAUUUAUUGUUGCAGAGAAAUCUUUGAUAACGAUACCAACAUAAUUGUCAAUGUGUAUUUAGAUAUCUGAGUUAAGUAAAGUUUUAUCUGUUAGAUCCAUAGGUUCCUCUGAACCAGGCUGGGAAAAUAAUUUUAAAAAAUCAUGAAGCAAGUUGCAAAAGUGGAAUGAAAUUUAUUUUUAGUGUUUUCCAAAAUAUUCAUGUCACUUAUGUUGAUGUUAAUAUAACUGAUUGAAUCUU